UGAAAUAUAUGUAUGGGAUGGAUUCAUUCAAUUUUUAUUGGUUCUAAUGAAACCACGCCAAUCAUCUUAUUACCAAUACCAGCACCAAUGGCUACCGUUUGUUUCUCGCGCAGAGCAGACAUAUUGACUAGAGCUGACCUGACGGGACCGGACCGGACCGGUAGAUAAGAUCCCCAGCUCUGCCCAACGCGUCUUAUUUCCUCUCCACCCUUUCAUUAUUCCUUCCGCGAGAUUACAACUUUUCAGAAAGAAAAAAAAAUGCAACCCUGUGUGUCUGCCCUACAAAAAGAGGAAACUGGAUUAUAAGGUUAAAAAGUCUAUGUUUGGGGCUGUAUUUUUUGCUCCACUCAAACUUAGCUGCUUAUGAGUUAUGACCAACAUACAUUCAGUUCCUAAUCUUCUGGAGUGAAAUUCAAUUUCCGCGUCUCUUUUCUGUCAGAAAUAAGAAAGCGUCCGAGUUAACCACCGACUCAUUCUCAGUUUAUAUUAUGCAUUAAAGAUUCAAUUUUUGAUAGUUUCUAGCUAGCUGGGUGUCUGCUAAACGACAUUUUCGCCAGGUUUCUGAAGUGGGUUCUUGAUUAUAGAGAAAAAUCUUGCAUCUUGUUUUUCGUUUUGUACAUAUUUUUGGGGAUAUUGUUACUUUUGGUGAUGAUGUCAGUGACAACAUGCCAUAAUCUUGAGUUUGUAAGAACGAGGUUGGACUCCAUGUCUUGUGGGUGCUCGUCCAAUUCGUCGUUCAAUCGUCCGUCUAUGAGAAACUGUACAAAGGGUUUGGUUAGGAAUGUCAACGGGGCCUCUAAAAUGAGACAGUUGCAAUGUUGCCGGCAGGAUAUGGGCGGUUGCAGGGUCUUCUCAACCAAGACUCCAGAGGCUUUUCUUACUGGGACGGCAGCUGGUAUUCCUCUGGUUCCGGACUUAACUAAAGAGACUAAAGGUCCUUUUGCAAUGUCUGAUAUGUUUGAAGUGGUUGCUGAGGACUUAGUUAUGCUCAACAAGAAUCUGCAAUCUAUUGUUGGUUCAGAAAAUCCUGUCUUGAUGUCAGCUGCCGAGCAAAUAUUUGGAGCCGGUGGGAAAAGGAUUAGACCGGCUUUAGUUUUUCUAGUUGCAAGAGCCACUGCAGAGAUUGCUGGUUUGAAGGAACUCACCAAAGAACAUAGAAGGUUGGCUGAGAUCAUUGAGAUGAUUCACACUGCAAGUCUAAUACAUGAUGAUGUGUUAGACGAAAGUAACAUGCGGAGAGGAAAGGAAACUGUUCACCAAUUAUACGGCACAAGAGUGGCUGUGCUGGCUGGGGAUUUCAUGUUCGCCCAAUCAUCAUGGUACCUGGCCAAUCUCGAAAAUCUUGAAGUUAUCAAGCUUAUCAGCCAGGUCAUCAAAGACUUUGCCAGUGGCGAAAUAAAGCAGGCGUCCAGCCUGUUCGACUGCGACAUCCAGCUGGACGAGUACCUAAUCAAGAGCUACUACAAGACGGCCUCCCUAAUCGCGGCCAGCACAAAGGGAGCUGGCAUCUUCAGCGGGGUCCACGCUGACGUCAGCGAACAGAUGUACCAAUAUGGCAAGAACCUGGGCCUCUCCUUCCAGGUCGUGGACGACAUCUUGGACUUCACCCAAUCGGCCGAGCAGCUGGGCAAGCCUGGCGGUAGUGACCUGGCGAAAGGAAAUUUAACGGCCCCCGUGAUAUUCGCCUUGGAAAAAGAGACGAGGCUUAGGGAAAUAAUCGAGACUGAAUUUUGCGAGACUGGCUCGCUUGAGGAGGCCAUUGAUAUUGUGAGUAGCUCUGGGGGCAUUGAUCGGGCCCGGGACUUGGCCCGGGAAAUUGCUGAUCGGGCGGUUGAUAAUCUCCACUGCCUGCCGCAAAGCCCGUUCAGGCAUGCGCUUGAGCGCGUGGUGGACUAUAACUUGGAGCGAAUUAAAUGAUUUUACGUUAUAUUUUAUUUUUGUUUUUGUGAUUUAUGUGUUCGGAAGUUUGUCAUUCGGCCGAUUGGUGUGAUUGGUAUACAACUGCUGCUCGGGGUGUGGAUUGGGGGCCCAAUCUGAGAUUGGUGAAGAUGGUCUUCUUUUUCAUUGAAAGCUGCUUAUAGGAAACAAGGCUUUGUUGUAAUGUAUAUGUUUACAGAUUAUUGUUGGGCAAUACUGUUGUAGCCUACUGUAUCAUGGCUAGUAUAGGGACUCAAAUCUUGUUAUACAUUUGUUGUUUUUCACAAUAAUGUUCAGUAGUAAUACUAAUAAUGAGACUGUCCUUGUGUUGUAAACUGUAUGAUGAUUUUGCUUUGGUCGUUCUUGUAGUGUUUGCAAACAUUCUUGUAGUUAUAUAAAGCUUCUUCUCUAGUU